GGAGGAAGCGGGGCGGCGGCGGCCGGUCGAACGGGACACGCCUUUCGCCCUUCCCGUCCCGACCCCCCGGGCCCCGCCGCCCACCACGGGCGCGGUGCCAGCGCAGCGCGGCCGCCGCGGCCCCGCCAUGAGCCGCAGCUAGCCGCCUUCCGGAGCCGCCGCCGCCGCCUGCCCCGCCGCGGCGGCGGCCGGGCCCGCGAUGCCGAACCAGAAGGGCGGCAAGGGCAAGAAGAAUAAGCGCGCCAACAGCAGCGGCGACGAGCAAGAGAACGGGGCGGCGGCGAGCGGCGGGGCCGCGGCGGCGGCGGGCGGCGGGGCCGCGUCUGGCGGCGGAGCCGGAGCAGCGGCGGCGGGCGGCGGGGCGGGCGGCGGAGCGGGCGGCGGGGCGGCCGCGGGCGGCGGGGCGGCCGGAGACGUCAAGAGCGAAGCCCCUUGUGCUACUCCACUGAUCUGUAGCUUUGGAAGACCGGUGGACCUUGAGAAGGAUGACUACCAGAAGGUUAUAUGCAAUAAUGAGCAUUGUCCAUACAGCACCUGGAUGCACCUUCAGUGCUUCUACGAGUGGGAAAGCAGCAUUCUUGUCCAGUUCAACUGCAUUGGCAGAGCCAGGAGCUGGAACGAAAAGCAGUGUCGCCAAAACAUGUGGACAAAGAAGGGAUAUGAUCUGGCUUUCCGCUUCUGUUCCUGUCGAUGUGGGCAGGGUCAUUUGAAAAAGGACACAGACUGGUACCAAGUGAAGCGAAUGCAGGAUGAUAAGAAGAAAAAAUCGGUGCUGGAGAAGAGCACAGGAAGAUCAAUGGCAGAGUCAGCAGAGGAAGCCAAAAAGGGCAGGUCAGCCAACAAGCCACAGAAGGGCUUGAGUCACGACAUCCAGCGACGGCACUCAAUGGACAGGCAGAACUCCCAGGAGAAGGGUGUCAUGGGCGGCAGCUACGGUGUUCGUUCGCCUUGUGUCUCUCCCGGCCAGUCCCCACCCACUGGCUACUCUAUUCUUGCCCCCACACACUUCAGCGGCCCUCGUUCCUCGCGAUACUUAGGAGAGUUUUUGAAGAAUGCCAUUCACCUGGAGCCCCAUAAGAAGAACAUGGCCAGUGGGGGCAUGUUCAGGAAUGCACAUUUUGAUUACGGGGCAGCUGGCUUGCAAGCACAUAGAUCAGGACACUUUGAUGCUCCUGUGCAGUUUUUGAGAAGGCUUGAUCUAUCUGAGCUGCUUACUCACAUCCCCAGGCAUAAAUUGAAUACUUUCCAUGUGCGGAUGGAAGAUGAUGCCCAGGUGGGCCAAGGGGAGGACCUUCGGAAGUUUAUCCUUGCUGCUCUUAGUGCCAGCCACAGGAACGUUGUAAACUGUGCAUUAUGCCACAGGGCACUGCCAGUGUUUGAACAGUUUCCGCUGGUGGACGGGACCCUGUUCCUUAGCCCAUCGAGACACGAUGAGAUUGAAUAUGAUGUUCCCUGUCACCUUCAAGGAAGGCUUAUGCACCUCUAUGCUGUUUGUGUAGACUGCUUAGAAGGGGUUCACAAAAUUAUCUGCAUUAAGUGCAAGUCCCGCUGGGAUGGAAGCUGGCAUCAGCUGGGAACUAUGUAUACCUACGAUAUUCUGGCAGCAUCUCCCUGUUGUCAGGCUCGACUGAACUGUAAGCACUGUGGGAAGCCAGUAAUAGAUGUACGGAUUGGCAUGCAGUAUUUCUCUGAAUACAGCAACGUCCAGCAGUGUCCUCACUGUGGAAAUCUAGACUACCACUUCGUGAAGCCAUUUUCUUCAUUUAAAGUUUUGGAGGCUUAUUGACGAAAGCUUUGCUUUAGUAAUAGCUAUUUUAUGGGUAUUUCAACUUUAUUACAUAUCUUUUUAUAGAAUUCAUUCUGUGAUGAAAUUUAAUUUUUUUUCUAACUGGAAGAGCAGCUUCUUUGUCUGUGUACAUAUUAAUAUGUAUAUAUACAUGUUGUUAAAACCAGAAUCCUCCUGACAAGAUCUCUGUGAAGGCUGGAGACAAGCCAAUUUAAUGGCCUUGGAGUAUAUCCCACCUGUGGGGUAAAGUUCAGCUAAAAAUGAUUUGGUUGUUUUUUGUUUUGGUUUUUGUUUGUUUUGUUUUUUAAUUAUUGUAAUACAGUUUAUAGGAAGGGCUUGUGGAGACAUACAGGACAGAGAAAUAUGUCCAAUUGGAAAGUGGGUAAUUGUAGAGGGUUGUUGCCCUUCCAGUUUGGUAGAAAUGGGAAAUCCUUGGAAAGAAACCGUCCCGUUACUGUUGAAUUCAUUCAGCCUUUUGCACUGGUUCCCAUGGGCAAAGGAGCUGGCGCCACACUGCCAUGUCACUUCAGCAGGCUUUCUUUCAGAUUUUCUGAGAUGGGGUAAAUUAAGGUGUUGUGACAAGUGAAUGUAAAUGUUUGCCAGAAAAUGCAGUCUUGAAACAAAUUAACAUUUUUUGGCACAGUGUCUUCCUGCUGUGUGUUGCCCUUGCUGACAGACCAUAGGCAAUAGUGCUGCUUCCACUGGGGAUGGGCAGGUCAUCUGGUUGUACCAAAACAAGCUGGAGAUCUUAACAUGCUUUAUUUAAAGGUGUUUGUUCACAGACUUUUUAGGGAAUGAGCAGGCAGGGCUGAAUGGGGAUGUGUUUGUAUGUGUCUGCUGGAGCCAAGGCUUUGCUGCCUGCUGCAGACUGGUGUGGAGGGAGUUCCAAGUGGGACCUGGGCUGUCCAACCUGUAAGAGCUGAGAGGUACUGAGUACCAAACAUGGCAUUGCUUUUUAAAACAACUAAUUGCUGAACCUUUGUCUUUCAAAAUUGCAUUAAGUCCGGGAUCUAAAAAUUUGGAGACUUUUUAAGAAAGCAGAUUUAGCAUAUUUACUUUGUACAUGCCUCUGGGCUGUACAUAAUAGACUAUGCAUUAGGCAGUGAGUUUGUAUCAGAGGGCUUGGCCCUGUAGUCUCUGCAAUUGUUUUGUGGUUCCCAUUUCUCACUUCUGUAAUUUAUUUUAUUUUUUUUAAAAUACGUCAUGAAUCUUUUGCUUGGUUUCUCAAGCCAGUCGACAUUUAUGGGAGGGUUUUUUUUUGUGGUUUUUUUUUUCUUUUCUUUUCUCCAUGGUGUGUUUAUGGAGUGUUUGUUCACUUGAGAGUUGUGGGUUUUGUUUCUGUUUACAAGGUGGGAUUAUUACUUGUUUCUUCUGAAGUUGUUUGAUUUUCCCCAAUUAGAACCUUUUUAAAGAGUGUCUCUGUUGAAAUUAAGAUCUUGAAAAUGGCCCUUAUACUCUGCCACCCUGGGAAAGAAAACAAAAAAGGCAGAUGCCAAAAAAGAAUGGACUGAGAAUUAUGCUUUCUGCUAAGUUAAGGAAUUAAUGUGCACAUAAAACUCAAACGACAGAAUUAGCUCAUUUUAGCAUUAGCCACUCUUCUAGUAAUACCUGAGCUGCACAGAGGGCUUAUGUUGGCACAGAUCGUAGAAUCAUAGAAUGGUUUGGGUUGGAAGGGACCUUCAAAGAUCCAUCUAGUUCCAACCCUUCUGCAUAGGCAGAGAUAGCCCCCACUAGACCAGGUUGCUCAGAGCCCAUCUAACCUGCCCUUGAGCACUUUCUAGGGAUGGGGCUUCCACAGCUUCCCUGGGCAACCUGUGCCAGUGUCUCACCACCCUCACACUAAAGGAUUUCCUCCUAAUGUCUAACCUAAAUCUACCCUCUACCCCUUGUCCUCUCACUACAAGCCCUUGUAAAAAAACCCUCCCCAGCUUUCCUGUAGCCCCUUCAGAUACUGGAAGGCCGCUAUAAGGACUUCCUGGAGCUGCCUUUUCCAUACUGAACAACCCCAACUCUCCUAGCCUAUUUACAUGGGAGAGGUGCUCCAGCCCUUUGAUCAUCUUUGUGGCCCUCCUCUGGACUCUCUGCAGGAGCUCCAUGUCCUUCUUAUGUUGGGAGCUCCAGAAUUGAACAUGGUAUUCCAUGUGGGGUCUCUUGAGAGCUGAGUAAAGUCACAAGAAGUUACCUACAAAUCGAUCCAAGAAAACAUAUUCCUUCUCCAACAGCUUAUCUACUGCUUGAGGAAAUGCCUAUUUUCUUGCAAAACACAUCUCUCAACUGGAGGCUUAGCAGCACAUGCAGCACUGUAAAAAUGACCCGUGAUGGAAAGAUUCCUCUGAACUUUUGCUCCAAAGUAAAUUGUUCCUAAGUUGUAGAGAAUGCUUUCCCUGCUUCUUGCUGAUUCUUAAAACCAGUCUUGGGUUACUGCAAAAUGUAUUUUCUGUAGAUUCCAGUCAAGCAGUGAGGCCUGCCCUUUGGCCAUGAGAGUUUCAGCUGGGCUUUGUAUGAGUACAAAGGCAGAGGUAACUUCUUUGGCACCUAAUGGUGACUUCAGAAGUUAAAUGAGACCGCAGUUUGAUUGCUGUCCAUCUUGACAAGCACUGGAAUUAGCCAUGAGCUUUCACAUGUGUCAAAAGGGAAAUUAUUUCCCUAGCUAGGGAGCUGCUUGCUUUGCUUGUUUGGCUAAAGUUUACUCUUCAUUACCUUUCAUUUUUCUGAUGCUGUGUGUUCUUUUAAAUCUGGCCUGUGGUCAGAUUAAAUUGUGCCUGAAACCUGUUUUGUAAAUGAGAAUACAGUCCUCUGAAUUUGGAGAUUCAUUCUACUCUUCUUAAAUGCACGAUACUCCUUGUGAUAGUUAUAGGAGUGCAUGUGCAAAUGCUUUUCUUUCCAGUAGUUAACUCUGUUUUCCAUAGGAGAGGCUUGCAUUUAGAUAGACUUCAUAUUUUGGAUGUGUAAAAAUGAAUUCAUCCAUCAGUAGGAUGUUUAAAAGUAAAUUUUGAUAACUAUAACUAACAUAAUGGACCUCUUUUACAUGUGUAAUUUGACAUCUACCAAGUAAUCAGCCUGAAAUUCGUGUUCUUUCUAACGCUGCGGAGUCAUUAAAACAACAGUGUUCUAUAGGCAGCCCAUAGACUAUCCUACAGUCUAUUUGCAUUAAUGUCUCCAGUAGUGAGCAGAGUAUUAAAAAUUAAUUUAGGUAGGAAAACAGGGAAUAUUCCAAUUUCUUCCUUCCCCCCCCCCAUAUACUCUUCAUUUUGCUGUACCAGGCAACCUGAGGACACUUGUAAGGCCACUGGUGAGAAAACCCCUCAAAAAGAUACUUUUCCAUAAAGGUUUCUUGUUGAGACAUUUUUGGAUUGCACUUUUGCAGAUGGAAGAAUAUGUACAUAGCAAAUGAAUGUUGAUGAAAUUAAAAUAAUUGGUUAUGAUAUCAUUUGCGUGUGUUCUUAGAGAAUAUUUUGUUGUGACUUCUCUGUAUUAAAAAGUAAUAAAUACCAGACAGCUAA